AUGGGGAGCUUAAAGAUAACGAUGGAGCCUCUCUCGGAGGGGAACUACCACUCCUGGUCGAUCAAGAUGAAGAGUUAUCUGAUCACCAAGAGUCUGUGGAAGGGGGUAACGGAUCCUUCAGCAAACGCUGAGGAGUCAGAGCUGGCGUUGGCUCUGAUCACGUUAAACGUGGCAGAUCAUCUGCUCGGGAGCCUGUCAGAGCUUGCAAACGUUGGGAAAGCGUGGAAGCAGCUGGAGAGUACUUUCAAGAGCAAGAGCGUGGCUCGGAAGUUGCAGCUAAAGAGGGAGCUGCAGACACUCAAGAUGAAGGGAGAGGAGAGUGUCACU